GCGCCCCACCCGCCCCCUCCCCACCGCUCCGCGCGCUGCGGCGCGGCGCAUGGGUCCCCAUUGUCGCUUAGAGUGGCCCGCGGAGAUGAGGUGCUGAUGCUGGGGCCUCUGGCUCCCGGAGCGGCUGAAGUGCCUUGGGACCUGGCAUUGGGCAGGACAGACCAGCCGCGGAGCAGACAAGAAAUGGACUUGCAGACUGGGUGAGAGAUGAAAUAAUUCCAGUGCUUGACACUUCCCCCAGAGAUGGAAUGCUGGGGUUCAGAUCGCAGGGAGCCUACCCAGGGCAGCCAGGGCCAGCUGGCAUCUUGCACAUGUCAGCAGGGGUCCAGAAAGACGAGGCCAUUUCCUGGGUCAGCCCUCUCUGUGAGAACACACCAGGGUCCAGCGCUGGGGGGCUGCCAUCUCCAGGGGAUGUCAUCAGCACCCCAGCCUAGCCACCCACCAACCUGUCCUUGGACUAAGACUGCCCGUGAGGGGCCGGAUGUCAGCCUGCAAUCACAUUUAUGCUUUCUCUAUCUGAUUCGCCCUCCUGGGAGUUCUAUCCAGACCGGAACUCACAUUCAGCCUCACAGCAGCCUUCUAGCUCAACCCCUCCCUCAGGCUGAAGGCCAUUAGGAAAUGCAUCUCCAGAAGCUGGUGGCCAGGUGGGCCCAGACAGUGAGGGGUGGGAGGGGAUUGGCUGCUCAGACCUUGGGGAGCCCAGUUCGGUUGGGGAGGCUGCAGGAGGCUGAGACCCCCUGGCUUCCUGCCCUGCUGGGCUCCCAUGGGCUUCAAGCUUUGCCUGGAGAAUGUGAUGCGUGUAUGUGUCUCGGGGGUGUCUGAGGCCUUGAUCUGCUUCUCCCGUGUCUACCAUGUGCCUCAUAUGCGCCCUGGUGUGCGUUUGCGUGGCUGUGGCCCAUGUGUUUGUGGGUCAGAGAUGUCUGUGCAUCUCUGAGCACGUAGCUGUGUCUGUGCCUUUCCCUCAGUGCCUGUGGGGGCAUCUUUGUGUGUGUUUGUGAGUCUUGUGUCCUGAUUGCCUUUGUGGUUGUGCCCUGUGUCUCCGCACGUGUCCCUGAGUUGACUGCAGUGAAGAUCCAGAGAGAGAUCUUGGGACAGCUUGGGAUGCUGAGUCCUAGGGUAUCUGUCUGCUCUGUCCUCUCCUGAUUCGCCAGGUAUCCUAGCAACAUUGCUGCCAGUUGCCUAGCAACCAGGUCCCCAUCCUUGGAGACACAUGCUCCAAGCAGGGUCCGGGCUGUGUGGGCAGAGCCUGGGCGGGAAGAACGACCCCAUGAUUGGGUAGGGCUGGCAAUUCUGCUCAGGGGUCACCCGUAUGACAUGUGACCCCAGUGCUGGGAAGGAGGCAUAUUCAGUGGUGUGGGUGCUGGGGACCCAGGCUGUGAGGGAAUGACACCCAAAUGUUUCUCUGGGACUCAGCUGUGGCAGAGUUGCCCUUGGUGGGUCUCCAAGUGGCAGACGGACCCAGGUUUGAACCCUGUCUCUGCCACUUCGACAGGUGGCUUCAUACUGCUGAGAAGCUGAGGCUUACUUCUCUUGUGGGCACAAAGGUGAUGCUGAGGGCAAUGGUCAGGGGUAGUGGGGAUGGACGAGCUUGUGCUCAUGAUGGGCUUGGCACACAGGAGGCCCAGGGGCACACUGGACAGUCAGACAUCCUACUUGUUUAUGAGGUUCUGAUCUGCUAGGGGCUGGCUGGGCAGGGGCCCCCACCUGCCAGCCCACUCUGGCUCACCAGCCCUGGGAGCCUAGCUGAGGGGCAGUGUUCUGGGCACCGAACUCCAGCCAGGGCAGGUCCAAGUCCACGCAAGGCCCUGUCUCUGUGUGAGACGGGACUCCGUGUCUGUCUGUCUGUGUCCGUCCCCCUGAGUCUCUGUUCCAUGUUUUCAUAUGUUUCUGUGUGUCCUUGUGUGUCUGUCUCCAAAUCCCUGUGUGUCUUUGUGUGUGUGUCUUUGUGUGUGUGAGUUCCUGGGUGCAGCUGUAUUCUUGUGUCCAUGUGUCCAAGCCCAGCUCUGGUAUUCAUCUCUGAGGGUGUACCCUGGUCCUCGCGUCUGUCCUCCUCCAGCCUGGGGCCCCCUCCUCCAGCCUGCACGGCCCCUCCCGCGGUGGAGCCGUAGCCUCCCCUCCCCCAGCUCCGCACCAGGCUGCUGCGUCUGGUCUGGCGUCUGAGAAGGAGCAGGAGCAGCUGCCACUGUGCGGCAGCCGCAGCCCCAUCCGGACCCAGGGCUGACUCAGGCAGGCGCUCCGAGCCCUGCUCUGCUGUUGGCCAAGGGAGUCAGGGUCUCUGGGGUCCCAGCUUCCACGGAGGUCACCGAGGGACUGGGGCUUCUUGUGCAGGUGUUGGCAUGGAGUCCCUCUUCCCUGCCCCGUUCUGGGAGGUUCUCUACCAGGAACACCUGCAGGGCAACCUGUCCCUCCUGAGCGCCAACCACAGCCUGCUGCCCCCCCACCUGCUGCUCAACGCCAGCCACGGCGCCUUCUUGCCCCUUGGGCUCAAGGUCACCAUUGUGGGGCUCUACCUGGCUGUGUGCAUCGGGGGGCUGUUGGGGAACUGUCUCGUCAUGUACGUCAUCCUCAGACACACCAAGAUGAAGACAGCUACCAACAUUUACAUCUUUAACCUGGCCCUGGCAGACACUUUGGUGCUGCUGACACUGCCCUUCCAGGGCACAGAUGUCCUCCUGGGCUUCUGGCCAUUUGGGAAUGCCCUGUGCAAGACAGUCAUUGCCAUCGACUAUUACAACAUGUUCACCAGCACCUUCACACUGACUGCCAUGAGUGUGGACCGCUAUGUGGCCAUCUGCCACCCCAUCCGUGCUCUUGACGUCCGGACAUCCAGCAAGGCCCAGGCCGUCAACGUGGCCAUCUGGGCCCUGGCCUCCGUUGUUGGUGUUCCUGUUGCCAUCAUGGGCUCGGCACAGGUUGAGGAUGAAGAGAUCGAGUGUCUGGUGGAGAUCCCCACCCCACAGGAUUACUGGGGCCCCGUGUUUGCCAUCUGCAUCUUCCUCUUCUCCUUCAUCAUCCCCGUGCUCAUCAUCUCCAUCUGCUACAGCCUGAUGAUCCGGCGGCUGCGUGGCGUCCGCCUGCUCUCAGGCUCCCGGGAGAAGGACCGGAACCUGCGGCGCAUCACGCGACUGGUGCUGGUGGUGGUGGCAGUGUUCGUGGGCUGCUGGACACCUGUCCAGGUCUUCGUGCUGGUCCAAGGCCUGGGUGUCCAGCCGGGUAGUGAGACCGCAGUGGCCAUCCUGCGUUUCUGCACAGCCCUUGGCUAUGUCAACAGCGGCCUCAACCCUAUCCUUUAUGCCUUCCUGGAUGAGAACUUCAAAGCCUGCUUCCGCAAGUUCUGCUGUGCAUCAACCCUGCGACGGGAGAUGCAGGUGUCUGACCGCGUGCGCAGCAUUGCCAAGGACGUGGCUCUCGCCCACAAGACCUCUGAGACGGUGCCGCGGCCAGCAUGACUAGGCGUGGACCUGCCCAUGGUGCCUGUCAGCCCGCAGAGCCCAUCCACACCCAACACAGAGCUCACACAGGUCACCGCUCUCUAGGCUGACGCACUGUUACUGUGCAUUACCAGCCUCCUUGGGUUGCCCUGUGGCCUCGGAGGGUCUGCUGCCAUCAUGGGACAGGUCAGAGCAGUAUGGCCGCCCUCAAAGCCCUGGUCCUACUAGUACAGGGCAGGGGGUGGAUGCAUGGACUCAACUGGUGAGACUGCCUGGCCAGAGGUGUGCUGGCAUUGUCAAGCCUCAUGGACCCUUCUGGUCUCUCCCUCAACAUCUUGCUGUGGAUGGACACGCACCUGGAGGUGUAACUGCAGCUGUACAGACCCAUGUGCCCUCACGCUGUGUGCUGUAUGCUAGGAGCCUUGCAGUGUCUCCUCUGGGCAGCCGGACAGGCAUGGGACUGCCUGGAGAGUCCAGUGGGCAUCCCCGGGCAGUGGGACUUGUUCUGAGGGUAGAACUUCCUUCAGAGGUGUCUCAGCAAGCCUGUUUCCUCCAGAACACACAAACCAUUGCACUGCAGACAUGGCUGUUCAGGGGUGCAAGGUGACCAGGAGGACCACAGCAGGCCUUUGUCAUUUGUGGAGCAGCCCCUGUGCCUGGUCUCAGCUGCAGGGAGUGGGGAUGGCUCUGUGGUGAUCUUUCUACUGUGCCUGUGCCCCCCUCAGCCUCCCUCUCAGAUCCCUCGUUUCAGACUCCAUCUGAGGUCAGCAGCUUUGCAGCUGGCAGAACCCUCUGCCCUGUCUGUUCUGGUGGCCUUGGAAGGAUGGUAGUGGGCCAGGUUCUGCUCUGCAUCCCCAGUGACUGACCACUACUUCAUUUUCAGGCCUCCAGUUGUCUGGUGGGGGGGGACCUUCCUGCUGUUACAACCUGUCUUAAGCACUGCCCAGUCAGAGCACAGUUUCAUAUGCAGAGUUGGUAGGAGAGCUGGGGCUUGGUGGGCCCACCUGAGCAAGGCUGCAAGGACUAUCUGGGCCGAGGGGACCCUGCCCACUAUGGCCACCUAGAGAAGCACCCUCCUGGUCUGUAGAUGAAGCCCAUAGGUCGGUGACUUGGCAAAGGCUCUUCAUGCAGACUGGCUGCUGAAACAUCUGCCAACUGAGCUACAGACCUGGCCAGGUGAACCCGAGGCAGAGAUGGGGAGGCGCUGACUCUGGACUGGCCUCUCCUGCUUUGGGGUCCUGGGCCCUGUGGGGUUGUUCCUGGGGAGGGUGGGCCUCUCUUUGCCGCCAGCAGCGGGAGGCUGGGAGGACCAGAGCCACUACAACUGUGGCAUUUUCUCGCCAGCGCUGAAAGAUGUGUCAGUCUAUGCCUGUGUGACGUCUCUCCGUGUAUCUGUGCAUGCUGAGAGUGUGAUUUCCCCUGCAUGUAAACUGCCCUGAACUGUCUCCAGGGUCAUGACAGAGGGUCAGAAUAAACCCCUGCAUGCUGGUCAGA